GUUAGGAGUUUCACUGGGACUAGUAAUAUUAGCAAUUGAGACAUGGAUGUGAUGCCUGUCUUUUUUUGACCUAAUUGCAUAACUAGUUUUAGUACUCUGUUACUUGAAUCAACUAUCGUUUCUAUUUUGAUUAUCAUAUUUAUCAAUGACAUGUUUCCUUCAACACAACGAAGCACCACACUUCCAUUUUGCGUAAUGACCUGAUUUUUUAGAUGGUAAUGACCUGAUUGUGAUACUGUGCGUGCGAGUAAUUUUAUGUGCGGGCAGCGUGUGAAUAAAGUUGUACAGUAAUUUUACCGUCAAUGUUCAGAUUAGAACGAUCAAAUCGCGCCCUAUGGAGACCCAUAUGGGCUACUGCACCUUGGAUCAAUGAAAACUACAUCCACAGGUUCCCGGAGACAGGCAUGCCAUCUUCUGUCAUGGGGCAGAUGUGCUGUCAAUGGGGAUACAGCGCAUUAACAAUGAUAAAAUGGACUUCCAGCUACUUUCGUCGAGUGAUCUCGUGCGAGGCUGCGAAUGCCGACCUGAUCAUUUAAUUAACCAAGUUUUUUCGUACCGAAAGUUGAUUAAGAUGUGAGGUUUUCUUGUAAUUGUAAGUAACUAAAAAGUAAACUUCAAAAAAAAGUAACUAAAUAAAAAGUAAAGAAGGGAAACAAAUUGAUUGCAUUUUAAGCUCGCUUGAUGAAGAGGUGCCACCCCUGUAGAACAACGAGAAAUACCGUUGGACCAAAGUAAUCGAGGUGCAACAGAAGAGCUUUCUCGUGCCAUUCGGUGCACCUUUCUGCGGUGAAGUGUUGACCUCCUCCGAUGAAGAAGAGGCGGACAAGUUGACUCGUCUCUUCCUUCUCCCAGACGAUGCACUGCACUGCACCGUUCCAGAGAAGCGAAUUGAUCGAGUCAAACCGAUCCGACGGCGGCGAUAGCCCCGCCCGUCGCAUCCGACGGCGGCCCCGCCACCAGCAAGGAUAUAAACUGACCGCUUCCUGCCAAUUCCCGCCCCCCGAUCCCCAACCUCUUCGCGGCUCCAUCCCACCUCCUCGCGCGGCGCUAAUCGCCCGCCAUGGGCCUCAAGCUCCUGCGGCUCGCGGCGACGCUCCUCUCCCCGGGGCCCGCCUCCCCGGCCUCCGGCGCCGACGCGCAGGGCGCGGUGCUGCGGGCGACGGCGCACCACCCGUCCACGGCCCCGCCGUCCGCGCACCACCUGGAUGCGCUCCUCGCCUUCGGCCGCGGCUCGCGCCUCUCCGCCGCGGCGCUCGCGUCCGCCUUCACGGACCGCCUGCGCGCCGCGGCUGCCGGCGGCGGCGACGCCGCCGUGGCCCUCAAGUGCCUCGUCGCGCUCAGGGUCCUGCUCGCCCGCGGCGCCUUCAUCCUCCGCGACCAGCUCCUCGUCGCCCUCCUCCGCCACCCGGCCUCGGGCCGCAACCCUCUCGCGCUCGCCGCCUUCCCGCUGGGCCGCUCCUUCGCGGCCGCCUCCUGGGUCCGCUUCUCCGCGCGCCUGCUCGAGGUGCUCCUCCUCCUGCCGGACGCCUCCUGCGACCCCGAGCACCUCACCGCGCUCCCCAACCCGCACCUCGUCUCCGAGCUCGCCGCCUUCGCGUCCGUCGCCGCCGCCGUCCGCCAGGCGCCGCCCCCUUCCUGCGCGCCGCAGGCCCACGCCCUCGUCUGGGAGGCCAUCCGGCUGGCCGAGGAGGACCGCGUCACGGCGGAGCGCAACAUCGCCGCGAGGGUCCGGGAGAUGAGCGAGCGCAUCGACACGCUCGGGCUGGCCGACGCAAUGGAGCUGGUGUGCGUGCUGAAGCGGGUGGAGGAGGGCGCGGCGUCCCCGCCGGAGUGGAAGUGGGCGGGGCUGGACGAGGCCGUCGUGGCCGACGCGCGGCGCCUGCGCGAGCGCGCCGAGGAGGUGCUGCUCCGGAGGACGGAGCAGGACAGGCGGCUGCUGCGGAGGGACCCGGCGUGGAGCGCGUCCGCGCGCGUCGCCAUGCUGCCGGCCCGCGCCGGCGACGGCGCCGCCGUCCGGUUCGGCUCCUCGCGGUGGUCCGGCACAGUUCCGUCGUGGCGAUAGUACAUCGGCGGCGAUGCCUGUGCCUGCUCCACUGUUUGCAAGUUUCAAACAUUUGUUUGUUGUACAAAUCUGAACAUUUGUUUGUUGAAGAAGCCGAGCAGAAUGAUCCAGGCUGCUUUUUUGACCGUUUGAUCGAAGAUCGAUUCGAAGUAGUACAACUUGUUUCUGUCUUGAUUAAAUUAUACAUGUGCUACUUGCUGGUCUCACGAUCAAAGAUGAGAGCCGUGAUGAUCGGUGAAGGCGAAAGAUCGGUCAGAGCAUUGAGUGCGUGACACCCCCCCUUCCGUUCCUGCGCUGGAAAAUGACAUUUCGCCGCGAUUGUUCUCCACAAGAUGCAAUCAUGCAAAUCACACGCGUUCUCCGGAUGUGGUGCAAAAAAUUAAGUCGGAUAUUUUACCUAUAUCAUAUCACGCACGAAUUCGUUCUCCAAUUUCGCAAUCUGAUAGCGCGCACCCUUCAUAAACAAUUUGCGUCUUUUGACUUUGCAAGAUGUGCGGGUGGUGUAAACAAUGAGGUCACUU